CUGGUAACCAGCUUUGUGAGUCGUAGGAAUAAGCUAUUCACACUCAUACAAUUAUCUGAUAUUUACGUGUAAAGUCUGUUGCUUGAUUCACAAUAAACUGUUCAUCACAAACAAUUCUUUGACAUUUGGACUUUUUACAACUACAAACUACAUCUUUUUACAUUGUCUUUUAAAUUGAUGAAAUGAAUAUCGAUAAGUUGCCUGAUGAAUGCUUAUUAUAUAUUUUCAAUCUUUUCAAUACAUUUGGGACUCUUCUCAAUUGUGCUGCAGUCUGUGAGAGAUGGAAAUACUUGGUUCUCGAAAGAUUACACAAUGUUAAAUACUUAACAGAUUCAUUGGAAAAGGAUGCUUAUCCUGCUAGUUAUACCAUGUUCUUUAAGGAUGAUGAAUUAGAGCGAUUGGAACAAUUAAAAUGGUUUCCUAGACUCAAGAUAUUAGAUGUUGAAAGAACACUUGAUAAUGAUUUCAUCUCAAACGUAGAAGUCAAAGGACUUCAAUUUAAAUGUGACUAUUUUAUUGAUUUGGAAGAUGUUAUUUGUCAUAAUUCAUCGCUUGAAAUGUUAGCGAUAAAAGAAGUCUCUAAUUUUUUCGCCAAUGAGAUCCAAGGACCAAAAAUGAAACAAUUAUUCGUAACCAGUAUUGUUUCUGAAUUUGCCAGUUGUGCUAGAUAUUUUCCGAAUUUGCAACGACUUCACAUUGAAAGAUACGAUCGUUCCCCUUUUGAUGACGAAUUUUAUGUUGGACCUGUUCUUGAAAAACUUGAGAUUUUAGAAAUAUGUUUUUAUCUUGAUCUAUACGGGGAACUAGAGCAUUAUCAUGGAUUCAGCCUCGCAGAUCACUGUCCACAUUUGAAAAGUGCCUUUCAUUAUAUUCAAACUGAUCAAGAUUUUCAUGUCAACAGUGGAAUCAAAAAUCAUUUCUUGGAAGAUUUGGUUCUUCAAUUUCAUGAAAAUCAAAACUGGUCAGUUUUAAGACGCAUAUUGAGCAAGUACCCAAAUUUGAAGCAUUUGGCGGUCAGAGGAGGCGAAGCAAUAUCUGAUAGAAAUAUUCCCGAACUUUUAGAGCUACUUCCUCGUAUUAUCCUUAUUGACAUCAGAUACUCGCGCAAAGUAACCGAAAAGUCAACUGAAUAUAUUGAUCAGUACUGUGGACGUCAUAAUCGUUCAAUAUCAUUUUACUACCAAAAAUGGCCUAAAAUAACAAAGAAAUGGCCUCAGCUAUCAGCCAAACGUGUACGAAUCGGUCGUGGAUUUGAUUUCAUGAAAUACUGUUUUCUCAGAAAUCAUAAUCGUUUACCUAUUCUACUCGAUCCUGAUCAAUAAACAGAAUUUUAUUGAGAA